AAAGCCGUCUGGCUCCACCGCGGCUGCACAGACUUGGCCCAGAUCUACGCAACCUGAAUUGACUUUACAUUCAACUGCGUUGCUAUGCUAUAUUUAAUCGCGUCGCGAGAAUAGCCGAACUCACGUUCAGUAUGACCGCAGUUUUUCGUGUAUCCUCGUUUAGCAAAAGUUUACUCUGUAUUUCCGUGUUUGUGCAAACAACACGCCUGCCUGCAGAUUCCAUCUGUGAUUGCCUGAAUGUGCGUGGCUGGAGGUUGACAUACCUUUGAUAAGUAAUGAAAGCUAUUUUGAAUGAAGAGAUGUUAAAAUUUAAAAAAACUCGAGCGAGUUUUUAAAAAAUGUUUUGGGUACUUUUUACCAGUUAAAAAUGAACGCCAUUACUUUUGUACAGACUUUCCAUUCACCAGACACGAGACGAUGCUAACAAUAGAUUAGCUUUCGGGCUCAGCACAGAAUAACCCCAGAGCUAAUAAGGUUGUGUCGUAUUUUGCGAAUGUGAUCAAAAUCGCACAAAUUCUAACAUAACAAUUGAUCAGGCAAUAAUGCAUCUUCCUAGAGGCCUACAAUUCCUCAUUUUUGUGAACACGCGUGCUGUUCGGACCCGCAUGUGUUGUAAAGUGUAGAUCUCAAGAGCACAGCUGCAGUUGUCUCUUGGACGGCGGGUGACCCGUCACGGCUUUUGGUCACAUGAUCUGUGUGUGUGGGUGUGUGCGUGUUUGCUGAUUCUGUAUUUAGCUGAUUUUGAUGAGGCCCGCCACAGCCCCAGGGAGAAGUGCUAGGUCCACUCUUCAGCUUACACAUGUAGAGUCAGCGUCAUUGGCGUCAUUGCCACUCUGAGUCUCCAUCGUAAUAAUACAACGUUGCACUUGUCUCCUGAUUUGACAUCUGAACUGUCUGUUUUUGCACAUUUAGCUGUCUGGGAUGAGCCUUGUUUAAUUUAUUAACGGAAACGCAUGUCCCAAAUACACAGAGCAGAGAUUGCCUCUCGGGGCUUAUUAAGUGUAAAUUAAAAGUACUGUUUGGACAUGUUUUUGUGGUCAUUUCAACAUAGGAAGAGUUCAGAAGAGAAGAUUAAUUAAUGCUGAGAGUUGAUUAAGAAUCUGUGGAAACAGUUGAGUCUACACAAUUGGAGUGGUUUUGCAAAUCAUUGUGGGCUUCUGUUGCUAGGAUACAAAGAAACACAUGUUGUCAUAUGCCAAAGAAACGUUGAGACUGAUUGGUACAUACGCAGCGGCAACAAGUUGAAACUGGUUGUGAAACGGGAAUGUUUCUCUCCUCUCUGCGUGUGUGUCAUCACGGGCAUUCUUUACAUUCCACCUGUUUGUAUCUCGGCUACACAACUGCUAAUUAAAUUUCCUGCCACAAACAGCAGGCAAGGUGGUGACAUUUGCAUUACAAUGACCAUUCCCUCCCCCUCCAAGUGGCGGGGAUAACUGGAGCCCCCCAUUCUCUCCUCACUUUUCCUUUCUUCAAUGGACUUUCUGCUUUGUUGGAAGAUGUUUAUUCGGCUUCAAAGCUUGCAACAAAGUCAUCCAAAGACAUCAUGCAGAGCUCCGAGGGCGGCUCCGACUCUUCGCCCAGCGUGGCGGCGCUGCGGACGUCAUCAUCAGCCCAGGCCCCUGUGGUACAGCCUGUCCCAGCCUCCCAACAGAGAGCGCUGGUACAAGCCACAGGCUCAGUUCAGAAGGGAGGACAAGUACAGCAGCUUUCAGUAUCCAGGGCUCAACAGGUGCCUGCACAGGUGCAGCAGUCACAACAUGUCUAUCCAUCCCAGGUGCACUAUGUAGGGGAAGGUGGAGAGGCUGUUUACACUAAUGGGACAAUUCGCACGGCCUACUACAACCCAGAGGCUCAGUUGUACGGUCAGAGCAGCGGGGGAUCAUACUUUGACUCGCAGGCCGGCGGAGCGCACGUCGCCACCGUGGUCUCCUCCGCAAGUGGCGGGGUGCCACCUCAUAGCAUGGUGGGCAUUGCCAUGGACGUAAGCAGCAGCCAUAUCAUCUCCAGCGGCAGCACCUAUUUGAUCCAUGGAGGAAACAUGGAAGGAAGCCGCAACCAUAUAUCGCACUCCUCUCGCUCUUCUUCAGCUAUGCUUGAAAUGGCGAUUGAAAACCUCCAAAAGUCUGAAGGAAUUGCAAGUCACAAAAGCAGCCUGCUCAACAGCCAUCUCCAGUGGCUGCUGGACAACUACGAGACGGCGGAGGGUGUGAGCCUGCCCCGGUGCUCCCUCUAUAACCAUUACUUGCGGCAUUGCCAGGAGCAGAAACUGGAUCCAGUCAACGCCGCCUCUUUUGGCAAGCUCAUUCGCUCCGUCUUCAUGGGCCUCAGGACCCGGCGCCUCGGAACCAGAGGCAACUCAAAGUAUCAUUACUAUGGCAUCCGGGUGAAGCCAGACUCUCCCCUAAACCGGCUGCAGGAGGACACCCAGUACAUGGCCAUGAGGCAGCAGCCUGUCCACCAGAAACAAAGGUUCAAACCUCUGCAGAAGGUUGACGGAAUGCCUGACAACCUGUGCGUCAACUCGCACUGCAACAACACUCCAGAACAGUCUGUUGCAGCUCAGAGCCAACACCAUCAGCAGUACAUCGACACAGCCCACAGCUUGCCCGAGUUUCCCGCUCCCGAGGUGGGCGCUCAGCCUCUGCCAGAGCGCAUCAGUAUGAACGACAUCAAGAAGCUGCAGACCCUUUACAGAGACCACUGCGAGGCCACACUAGACGUGGUGAUGAACCUCCAGUUCCACUACAUCGAAAAGCUCUGGCAGACCUUUUGGUACUCAACAGCACCAUCUAGUGACUCGAGCACCGCCAUUCCCAACAGUGAUGAUGAACUGGAAGGCGUGCUGCCCAGAGAGAAGCUGGUAAAUCUUUGCAAAUAUGAACCAGUGCGAUUAUGGAUGAGAAGCUGUGAUCACAUCCUCUACCAGGCCUUGGUGGAGAUCCUCAUCCCGGAUGUGCUGCGCCCUGUUCCUAGCACUCUCACUCAGGCCAUCAGGAACUUUGCCAAGAGUCUGGAGGGAUGGCUGACUAAUGCCAUGACCAGCUUCCCUCAAGAAAUCAUCCGCACGAAGGUGGCGGUGGUCAGUGCCUUCGCACAGACGCUGAGACGUUACACCAGCCUGAACCACCUCGCCCAGGCGGCACGCGCCGUCCUCCAGAACACCUCACAGAUCAACCAGAUGCUCUCGGACCUCAACCGGGUCGACUUCGCUAACGUCCAGGAGCAGGCGUCGUGGGUGUGCCAGUGCGACGAGAGCGUGGUGCAGCGUCUGGAGCAGGACUUCAAAGUCACCCUGCAGCAGCAGAGUUCUCUGGACCAGUGGGCCACUUGGUUGGACAAUGUGGUCUCUCAGGUGCUCAAGCCUCACCAGGGCAGCCCCAGCUUCCCAAAGGCGGCACGGCAGUUUCUGCUCAAAUGGUCCUUCUACAGCUCCAUGGUGAUUCGAGACCUGACUCUGCGCAGCGCUGCCAGUUUCGGUUCCUUCCACCUGAUCCGCCUGCUGUACGACGAGUACAUGUUCUACCUGGUGGAGCACCGGGUAGCUCAGGCCACCGGAGAGACGCCCAUCGCCGUGAUGGGAGAGUUCAGUGACCUGAACUCCAUGAUGCCAUCACUCAUGGAAAAAGACGUGUCUUUCUCGGAUGAGCUGAGCGACCUGGGCAGCGACGCAGACGUGUCUCGAAGCGAGCCGGCCGUCAAGCGGGAGCGCAUCGAAAUGAGCCACCCUCUGCAGGAGAUGUGAGGCCGGUGCGCUCGGCCCACGUCGCUUCCCCCACCCGUGUACAUUUGUCUAGCUAGAUCCAGCGGCUCUGUUGUCAGCCCUAGCAAUGGUAACACCGUUGCGUUUUGGGGGGCGGGGGGGUGGUUCUCAACUCACAACUGAUAAUUCUUUUUGUUUUGUGCAACUGUGAAUGAGCUUGUGCAGUCUAUUUUUUGGGGGGGUGUAACUUGGUGUGUGCAGUGCUGAUGUGUUGUUUUUUAAAAUUCUAUUCUGUUUUACUUCGAUUAGUCGUGCCAUGGUGUCAUUUGAGUGCCUUAGAUUGCCAACUCGGAACCCAUCACUCCAGAUGUCAGGCUGUCCCUCAGCUGUGCCUCGACCACACUACGAAUGUAUCGUCUGCAAACCUCAUUCAGAGCACCUUUCCCUCAGCUCAAGUGGAGGUGUGUGCGUGUGUGUGUACUCCUUGCGGCCUCUGCUGCAACCUCGCAGCUUAAAAAAAGAAAAAAAGACAAACAUGCAACCGAUGGACCCAAAGGACCUUACCCUCAGCAACUUGGCCAUUGUAAUUGUGUGUAUGUGCGUGGUUAUCCAAACUGCCAACAAGAAACGAGAUCUGCCAACAAGCAAUACUGCACGUGGGGAAAAAAUAAAUAAAAAUACUAGUAAAACAGAGCACUGAAUCGUCUUCGAAAUGAGGACAAGAGCACACUAGUACAUGGACCUUAAGCUGGAGAGCGAAUAAACGCUCAAACGGCUUUCCACAGUUGCCGUACAUAACAGUUGCAGCAGAUGUAGUUGCAUUUUGGUAACCAAAAGGUUGAGUUACUGUGGUUUUACCUCACAAGAUUUCUCGGGCAUGCUCCAGUGGGCACAGUAGCAAGAUUGCAUCUUCAGCGGCCCGCGCCUAGGAAACCCAUUUGGGAUUAUAUUAUAGCUACUGAGAGCCUUAGCAGAGGAUUACCAUUUUACUAAAUCAGAUAUCAAGUAUAUCUUUAUAUGAUGUGGAAAGUAUAUUCUGUGGCCUCUUUUUUUCUCAAGUAUUUUGUAACCUAUUAGACUUUCCGUGUGAUUAAUUUGUUCAAAGUAUGAAGAGUAGUUCCUAGUUAGAUGAAACUAUUCUUUGCGCUUACUCGACUCAAUAUUCUCCCCCUCCAUUCUUGUUCAGACUUAUUUAAGGCUUUUUGAGAUGUGUUCCCGUCUUUGCCUUCAAAGUGCGUUUAAAAAAGCUCAUUUCUGGUGUUCUUUUUAAUGUUUUGUCAGACUGUUUUAGCUCUUUGGAUGAUUCUUUUUUUAUUGAACUAGAUUUUGGUCCUCUUACAAGUAUACUGAACCCUUAUGUUGUGUCUUUUCCAACCGCUACCUGAUCUCGCCCAAGGAUACACGGUGGUUGGCAAACUUGCUAAAUUCAGUUGUAUUUUGUACUUGGUCAUAAUGUGUAAUAAUAAUAAAUUGGCAUAAACCAAAGACUUGCA